UCACACCUUAUUGUAAUCCAUUUGUGCACACUUGACUUGUGCGCAUGUCGGUCCAAUUCCCAACUUAACACGAUUGGUUCUGAAUGUUUAAAUUUCAGCAAUUCAAGAGAGAAACCUUGAAGCUAUGCGGAACGCAAAAAUUAUUUAAGGCUUAAUAGUGCCGUAAAGUAUGUUUGGAGUUCGGUUACUGAUCAUUGCACAGCUUGUAUCUGUACUAGUAAAUUCCAUAAAAGUUUUGACGGAUUUGCGGAUGAUUGCUUUGGAAGUGCGCUAAAGUAGCCAGCGUCCAGAGAGAGGGUGUGUCCCUUAUCGAAUUAAUAACCAUGCGCCUUUCACUUCCGGUUGUCGCUGUGCUCGUCCUGCUAGGAUGUGGAUAUGUAAAUUCUGCGGACAAUGGCGAGGAAGCAGAUGAAGCGGAUGAUAUCGAAGCACGGCAAUCCUAUAAUUCCAACAGCCCGAGCCCUAGCCCCAGUCCUAUGCCGGUGACUACCCCGGCACCCUCUGUUGGUCCCGUAACUGUAACAACUGCUCGGCCGUUGACAUGCUGCACUCCCGAUAACUGGCCCGCCAUUGGUAAAAACGGAAUGUGCGCUGCCACCGCCGAUCUCGACGCCAAGUGUGGUCCUCUUGAAGUGGCACUUUCGCGGGAUUGUUCGGCGUUUGACGGAAGUUGGUGUUGCUACACACCAAUUGGGGGAAGUCCGUCCAGCAGCAACAUGUGUUCCGGGAAUCAACCUACGACCACAACUACCAGGGCAACGACGACGACCCCCGCACCGACUACUACUACAGCCACCACAACUACCACCAGACCGCCGUCCACCGUCCCCGUUACGCCAGCUACCACGGCUUACGCAACGCCCGCUCCACCUGUGAUGACCACUACUCCGAUGACCACGACAACGACUGCUAGACCACCGACCAUGACGCCGGCCACUACGGCGUACGCUACGCCACCAGUCAUGACUACCCCAAUGACCACGGCAUAUGCGACACCGCCAGCCACGACUACCACGGUGACCACCACUACAACACCUACAACCACCACCUCGACCACGACAACAAUGGCGACGACGACUACUAGGACCACCGCAACCACAGGUUAUGUCACACCAGCCCCACCGGUCACCACCACCACCGGACCCACUCCAUGCGCACCAGGGUCAAUGAAUCCCGCUUGCACCACUGCCUAUGGCCAGCCUACCCCGCCGACGGUAUGUCCACCGGGUUCAACCAGCCCUAAUUGUGUGACAAUGCCACCUCCGCCUACAACAACAACGCCGAGACCAGUGACACCUGGACCACAAACCUGCCCCGCCGGAUCCGUUCCAAGUGGGAGCCUCAUGCCGCCUCCUACCGGUCAACCUCAACCACCUCCUUCAGGCCAACCGAUGCCCCCGCCCUCUGGACAGCCGAUACCGCCACCAGGAGGUCAACCUAUGCCUCCGCCUUCCGGACAACCGAUGCCCCCGCCCUCUGGACAGCCGAUACCGCCACCAGGAGGUCAACCUAUGCCUCCGCCUUCCGGACAACCUAUGCCUCCGCCUUCCGGACAACCUAUGCCUCCACCUUCCGGACAACCUAUGCCGCCACCCUCUGGGCAGCCCAUGCCGCCACCCUCUGGGCAGCCCAUGCCGCCACCCUCUGGGCAGCCGACGCCGGCACCAGGAGGCCAGCCUCCGCCUUCCGGGCAACCUAUGCCGCCAACCGGAAACCAACCCAUGCCCCCAUCGGGAAGCCCUGCACCUGGUGGGCAGCCGACCCCCUCCCCAGCAGCACAGUCUUAUUACUAUGUGGCCGCGCCAGCUUCGGGUGGACAGCCGAUGGGAGGACAACCAAUGGGAGGUCAGCCGACGGGAGGACAGCCGAUGGGAGGACAGCCGAUGGGAGGACAACCAAUGGGAGGACAACCAAUGGGAGGUCAGCCGAUGGGAGGUCAGCCGAUGGGAGGGCAACCGACGGGAGGACAGCCGAUGGGAGGACAGCCGAUGGGAGGACAGCCGAUGGGAGGACAACCAAUGGGAGGUCAGCCGAUGGGAGGUCAACCGAUGGGAGGACAGCCGAUGGGAUAUCAACCGAUGGCAGGACAGACGAUGAGCGGUCAACCAAUGGGAGGUCAGCCGAUGGGAGGUCAACCAAUGGGAGGUCAGCCGAUGGGAGGUCAGCCGAUGGGAGGGCAACCGAUGGGAGGGCAACCGAUGGGAGGACAGCCGAUGGGAGGACAGCCGAUGGGAGGACAACCAAUGGGAAGUCAGCCGAUGGGAGGUCAACCAAUGGGAGGACAGCCGAUGGGAGGACAGCCGAUGGGAGGUCAGCCGAUGGGAGGACAACCAAUGGGAGGUCAACCGAUGGGAGGACAGCCGAUGGGAGGACAACCAAUGGGAGGUCAGCCGAUGGGAGGUCAACCGAUGGGCGGACAGCCGAUGGGAGGUCAGCCGAUGGGAGGACAACCAAUGGGAGGUCAGCCGAUGGGAGGACAGCCGAUGGGAGGACAGCCGAUGGGAGGACAACCAAUGGGAGGUCAGCCGAUGGGAGGUCAACCGAUGGGAGGACAGCCGAUGGGAUAUCAACCGAUGGCAGGACAGACGAUGAGCGGUCAACCAAUGGGAGGUCAGCCGAUGGGAGGUCAACCAAUGGGAGGUCAGCCGAUGGGAGGUCAGCCGAUGGGAGGGCAACCGAUGGGAGGGCAACCGAUGGGAGGACAGCCGAUGGGAGGACAGCCGAUGGGAGGACAACCAAUGGGAAGUCAGCCGAUGGGAGGUCAACCAAUGGGAGGACAGCCGAUGGGAGGACAGCCGAUGGGAGGUCAGCCGAUGGGAGGACAACCAAUGGGAGGUCAACCGAUGGGAGGACAGCCGAUGGGAGGACAACCAAUGGGAGGUCAGCCGAUGGGAGGUCAACCGAUGGGCGGACAGCCGAUGGGAGGUCAGCCGAUGGGAGGUCAACCGAUGGGAGGACAGCCGAUGGGAGCGACGGGAAAUCAGAUGAUGCUGGGUGGUACCAUUUAUACCAAUCAGCCAUCGGGAAUGCCGUCGACGGGAAUGAGCUACGGAGGAGGACCGAACGGGAUGUCUCUUGUUAGCAUCUACUAUAAUGUUGGAAGAAGCUUGGACAAUAGUACGGCAAUUCCACUGAAUGGCACCAAAACCAAAAGAAAAUACCGAAAGAAAAAGUUUUCGCGGAAGCCUGUUUUGUGAUCCGUGAUAGUGGUAUACAGCGUUAUCAGUGUAAAAAUUUUUGUUUUACCUUUUCAGUUUGUACUUUAUAGCCAAAUUUGCUUUAGUGUAAGCGCCCUACAGCUCGUAGAGAAUUUGAAUUUUAUAGUAACUCUGUGAAUUAUGCUCCUACGUUAAUAAA